AUGGGGUCUCUUAGCUGCAUAGGAAAGGUGGAGCCGUCCUGCCCAGAGGUGCAGACCCAAGGCUGUGGGGCCUCUUCUCAGCUCCCCCUGAGGAGUCUGUCGAAGAAGCACAGUGAGAACCAGGGGAAAAUUCUCUACUUUGACCGGCAAGCCCCAGGCCGCAUCUCUACCUCUCCCACUUUGAGGAGAUUAAGGGGCAAUGGCCGCGGGACUUCACACUCGCUGUCUCAGCAAGAGACCUUGGAAAUGCCCACUGGGAAGGAGCCUGCAGGCUCUCCAUGUUACCUCUCUAAGAGUCUACCUGGAAGCCCAAAGAAUUCUUCACACUCCCAAUUGCCCUUGAGACUCCAAGCAAGAUUGCCUCCAGACCCCAAAAGGGCCCUCAACACAACUGACUCAUUUGAACCGCAUCCUGCACUUCAGCCCAUCAGUGAGGGGUCUCUUCUUCAGGCCUCUCUCCCAGAAAAAGGAGGCCACUCACCGCCCAACCCUGCCACAUGGCCCCCUGGUCCUCACAUAACACAGCUCUGA